UCACUUGUAUAGUAAUGUUCUGUUAUUUUUCUAUUCAUAUUUAUACACGUUAUGAAAAAUAAUACUUAAAAGUAUGUCAUUUAUUAUUUUUUAACGGUUCUUUCUGCACUAUUUGAUCAAUACAUGUUCAAUAAAUGAGGGAAUUUUUGCUUGGAAGUGCGUUUAAGAGUGUCGACUCCAAUUCAAAAUUAGGUCGGAUUGUCUUAAGGACGCUGGUCGACGGGUCUCCAAGGACCGAAGGGCGGUAAGAGCGAGGGCAUGCGCUCCAUGAGCCACCCCCGGUUCCGGCAAGUCUCACGCCCUGUGGGCUACCCUCAGAAGAGCUUCACCCCUCCGGAAUGAGCCACCCAGUCAACAGGGUGCGGGGGUGAUGGAGGUGGGCGAGCCGGUGUCGACGGGCGACCUAAGGGAGACAUGGUCCGGGAAAGUGGAUUUCCUCCUCUCGGUCAUCGGGUUCGCCGUCGACCUCGCCAAUGUAUGGAGGUUCCCAUACCUAUGUUACAAAAAUGGAGGAGGAGCCUUCUUGGUCCCGUACUGCAUCAUGCUUUUCGUCGGGGGCAUCCCGCUUUUCUACAUGGAGCUGGCACUGGGGCAGUUCCACAGAAAAGGGGCCAUCACAUGUUGGGGCCGGAUUGUUCCGCUUUUUAAAGGAAUAGGGUAUGCAGUAGUUCUUAUCGCUUUUUACGUAGAUUUCUACUACAAUGUGAUAAUCGCUUGGGCUCUGAGGUUCUUCUUCGCAUCCUUUACCAGCAUGCUUCCCUGGACUACCUGUGACAACCCUUGGAACACACCACAGUGUAGACCUCUUGACGUGAACAUUUGGUCAGCAGGGGAAAUGAACAUGACGAUGAACAUGACUAAAACCAAUAUUUCUACAGUGCCCCCGCCAUCUGAAGAAUUCGCAUCAGCAUCAUUUGAAUACUUCACACGUGCCAUCCUUGAGCUUCAUCAGAGCGAAGGACUCCAUGAUUUAGGUUCAAUUAAAUGGGACAUGGCGCUUUGUUUAUUCGCAGUUUACUUAAUUUGUUAUUUUAGCUUGUGGAAAGGGAUUUCAACAUCAGGAAAGGUUGUAUGGUUUACGGCUUUGUUUCCAUAUGCAGUACUUUUGAUUUUAUUAAUAAGAGGAAUUACAUUGCCUGGGUCGGCUGAAGGAAUAAAAUACUACCUCAGUCCAAACUUUACAUCCAUAACCAAAGCAGAGGUAUGGGUUGAUGCUGCGACUCAAGUAUUUUUUUCAUUGGGCCCUGGAUUUGGUGUGCUUCUAGCAUACGCUUCAUAUAAUGAAUAUCAUAACAAUGUCUAUCAGGAUGCUCUUUUGACCUCAGUUAUCAACUCUUGUACUAGUUUUGUGGCGGGAUUUGUCAUAUUUUCGGUACUCGGUUAUAUGUCUCAUGUGACGGGGAGGAAUAUUGCAGAUGUAGCGACAGAAGGCCCAGGUCUAGUAUUUAUAGUGUAUCCAGCAGCAAUUGCGACGAUGCCCGGAUCGAUAUUUUGGGCUUUGAUAUUCUUCAUGAUGCUCCUCACAUUAGGGUUGGACAGCUCGUUCGGCGGUUCUGAAGCUAUAAUAACUGCUCUGAGUGAUGAAUUUCCUUUGAUUGGGAAAAAUAGAGAAAUUUUUGUCGCUUGUUUAUUCACUCUUUAUUUCAUAGUUGGUUUAGCAUCCUGUGCUCAGGGUGGAUUUUACUUUUUUAAUCUUUUGGACCGUUACGCUGCCGGGUAUUCAAUGCUAUUUGCCGUCUUCUUUGAAAGUAUAGCAGUUGCCUGGAUUUAUGGAAUCGACAGGUUUUCAAACGAUAUAAAAGACAUGAUAGGAUUCAGCCCAGGAAUUUACUGGAGGGUUUGUUGGCGGUUUUUAGCACCGCUAUUUCUUAUGUUUAUUAUUGUUUAUGGUCUCAUGGGAUAUGAACCAUUGACGUACGAAGAUUAUGUCUACCCUAGUUGGGCAAAUGGCAUAGGCUGGGCUAUAGCAGGUUCCAGCGUCCUAAUGAUUCCUGCAGUGGCAAUUUAUCAGAUAAUAGUUACACCAGGGACAUUCCUGCAAAGGAUAAAAAUAUUGACGACGCCAUGGAGAGACCAACAGACUGUUUUGGCCAGGUCGUUAUCCAUGAAUGGAAUUCAAGCAGACUCGGCGCAGAUCAGGCUCACGACCCCUUUGGCGACGGAAGCUGUGUAAUUUGUACAUUUCAGCGACCUGUGUAUGAUACCCGAAUGGUAAACAUUUAUUCGGGCGGGGGGAUCAUUGUUGUAAUUUAUUAUUAAUAUUUCUAACUAAAUAGUUUUAAAAUGAACAAUAGUCUGUAUCUAGCGGUUAGCAGGACAAUUUAUUAGGUAAAACGUUGGGUUUUGGUACCAUGCUUUACAAAUAGAAAAACAGAAAUAUUGCAUAAAAAACUGUCACAAAAGUAGUUGAGCUUAACUGAUCUGACUUGCAAUAUUUAGCUAAUUAAUUAGAGUAGUUGAUUUCACAACAUAAAAGAAAAACUAGAACUUUACAGCAAAAUACUUUAUAUCAUAGUGUAUAUACUACAUACUUUAUAACAUAAACAUUUAAACAUAAACUUAAAAAGAUUUAUAAUCAAACUGUAUGCACUGUUUGAUUCUAUAUUAAAGUGGGCUUUGUAUGUCGUGUUGCUCAAACAUAAGUAGAUUUGACAAUAUGAUAGAAAUCAAUUUAUACUAUUAUAAAAUGU